GUGAGUUCAGCCAUUUUGUAAGAAAAUCCACCAGGUCGGCCGCCCUCCUCCCUCCGCCUCAGACCCGCGCUCUGUACUGUGCAAUGGACGGCCGCCUUAACGCUGAUCUGUACCCCCUGGGAUCCGGCUACGUCCCUGAGAUUGGCAGUGUCCAUGACAUAUCAGUUGGCACAAAGAGGGGAUCUGAAGAACUCUUUUCUUCCUGCAUAGCAAACGGGCCCUAUAUCAUGAGCUCAGCCAAUGGCAACGACAGCAAAAAGUUCAAAGGUGACAUCCGGAGCCCGGGUGUGCCUUCCCGGGUCGUUCACCUGCGUAAGCUGCCCAACGACAUCAACGAGACCGAGGUGAUCGGGCUCGGCCUCCCCUUCGGCAAGGUCACCAACCUGCUGAUGCUGAAGGGGAAGAACCAGGCGUUCUUGGAGCUGAACAGCGAGGAGUGCGCCCAGACCAUGGUGAGCUACUACUCCUCCGUCACCCCCCUGAUCCGGAACCACCCGGUCUACGUCCAGUACUCCACCCACAAGGAGCUGAAGACCGACAACUCUCCUAACCAAGUGCGCGCCCAGGCAGCCCUGCAGGCCGUGAACGCCCUGGACGGGGAGGUGGUGGGCGACAUGGGGUGCCCCCUGUCCCAGAGCCCCGUGCUCAGAAUCAUCGUGGACAACCUGGUGUACCCCGUCACCCUGGAAGUGCUCUACCAGAUCUUCUCCAAGUUCGGGGUCGUGCUGAAGAUCAUCACCUUCACCAAGAACGGCCAGUUCCAGGCGCUGCUGCAGUACGCCGACGGCAUGGCCGCCCAGCACUCUAAACUGUCCCUGGACGGGCAGAACAUCUACAACGCCUGCUGCACGCUGAGGAUCAGCUUCUCCAAGCUCACCAGCCUCAACGUCAAGUACAACAACGACAAGAGCCGGGACUACACCAGGCCGGACCUGCCCACCGGAGACUCCCAGCCCCCCAUGGACCACCAGGCCAUGGCCGCCGCCUUCGGCAUGGGCACGCUGCACGCCGCUCCAGGACUCAUCUCCGCCUCUCCUUACGGCGGAGCGCACGGCUUCCCGCACGGCUUCGCCAUCCAGCAAGGUCUGUCCAUGGCGGGCAUCCCAGGCGCCCUGGCGUCCAUGGGUGUCCACGGGCACGGUGGCAUGGCGGCUGCAGCGGCCGCUGCCAAUCGUCUCAGCCUAUCAGGGCUCACCGCCGCAGGGGGCCACAACGUCCUCCUGGUCAGCAACCUGAACCCAGAGAGCGUUACGCCACACUGCCUCUUUAUUCUUUUCGGCGUGUAUGGCGACGUGAUGAGGGUCAAGAUCCUGUUCAACAAGAAGGAGAACGCUCUGAUCCAGAUGUCUGACGGGACCCAGGCUCAGCUAGCCAUGAGUCACCUGAACGGCCAGCGGCUGCACGGGCGAGCCAUGCGCGUCACCCUGUCCAAGCACACCACGGUGCAGCUCCCCCGGGAAGGCCACGAGGACCAGGGCCUGACCAAGGACUACAGCACCUCCCCGCUGCACCGCUUCAAGAAGCCCGGCUCCAAGAACUACUCCAACAUCUUCCCUCCCUCCGCCACGCUCCACCUCUCCAACAUACCGCCCGCUGUGGUGGAGGAGGAUCUCAGAGGACUGUUCGCCAGCUCAGGAUCCACCGUCAAAGCCUUCAAGUUCUUCCAGAAGGACCGCAAGAUGGCUCUGAUCCAGAUGGGCUCAGUGGAGGAGGCCAUCGAGUCCCUCAUCGAGUUCCACAACCACGACCUGGGAGAGAACCACCACCUCCGGGUGUCCUUCUCCAAGUCCACCAUCUAGCACCCCCCUGUCCCCGACCUUCACCCAAGUGCCCUUACUUUAACCCCCACCAGGCCGCGUCUCUGUCCUCGUCUCCAGAUGGACCUCCGUCGGGACGGGACGUUGGUCUCACGCUCAGUGGCUCGUUGUUUCAGAACCUUGCUCGCGGCCCUUCAUUCCCGCUCUAACUCUUGUGAUUGGUCAACCAGUCGAGUCUGAAGUGGCAGGGAGGUGGGCAACGUUCUGUGACAACGCGCCCGGGGGGGGGGGGUUAAGUAGGGUCGGUUGAUAGACUGUCACUUUAGACCAAAACGCUUUAGAACGACACCAUCCACCACGUACGUCUGUGGACGAAGCAGAUCCACGCUAGACACACUUCAGCAUUCCUUGGCUAGACCAUGAUCCUUAUAGUAGAUACUAUACACAUCUAUGUGUGCCUUUAUCGAUAUGCCACUUCUCACAACUAUUUGGCCAGUCUGAGGGAGUUUGGGACAGUGGGUUUUAUUUUUUGGUUCGCGGACCAUCCAACUUUUUAUUUUGUUUGAUCCAACAUCCAUUUUAUAUGAAAUUGUAGCUUCUUCGUGUUAAUAUCCCCCCACAGCUGUUCGGGGAUCCAAGACCACUAUAUCACCUCGUAGAUACUUAACAGAGGAAGUGCAUCUCUUUCUCUAACCCGGUGCCUUACCUCGCUGUGGCCAGAACGCCUCCAGCAUCAGCAGGCUUCAAGUAGACGUGUGAAGGCCACCCAGUGUUGGCCGUGCCUCUCAAAAUACUCGUUGGUAGAGGAUGGCUGGCUGCAUCACAUCCUUGUUCUUUUGUUUACUGAAGAAUCAGAAAUACUUGGGUCAUUUGAAGAAAAAAACGCAUAUAUAUUCCCCCAAAUUAAAUGUAUUUAGAAACUUGUGAAUUUAAUUCAAAUAGAUGCAAAUCCUAUAUCUUUAAUUGCUGUAGUUUAUUGUUGGGGUGUGUGUGUGGGAGGAGUGUGGCUGUCCUUGGCCCUGGUUCUUUUAAAGUGUAUCUCUGGGCCGAGCACACCGAGGCCUUGGUCUACACGCCCCCAGCAAGCAUAUAUAGUUAUAUAUCUCUAUAGUUGGACGCCUCUUGGGCCUAGUCCUUCAUAUCCUCCUCUUUUCUGUUUAGUAUUUACACGUGUAUCGCCUAUAUACUGUAUUCUUUGUGUAGUGGCUGGCUGUGUGACCACGACCGUGUGCCUUGAAUUCCCAAAUCGGUAGAACCUGAGCCGGAGGAGUCUCUCGUUCCCGCUGGUUGACCUUUUGGCUCAGCGGAGCAUAUGCCUUUUUUCUUUUUUUCGUUGUAUCCAGGUAUCCCAGCCCAAGUUCUUUUUGUUGUCUUGGUGACGAGUAUCUAUUAAUACUGAUGGCCGUGAUGGAUAAACCAAUCAUAGUCCGACAGCUGUUAUUUUAUUCGUUAGGAAGUGUUUUUGUUUGGGUUCUUUUAUACCGUGACCCCGUAUCGCUCUGGCCCCAGUCAGACAAUUUUACCUUUAUUUUUGUCGUUUUUUUUUUCGUUGUGCGCUUUGUCACCCUUGUAGGUGCUAGUUAAUAUCACGCUUGAGUCUUAAAACAGUCGUCACAUUCGUGCUAGUCUAGAAACCCGAGGCGGUUUCUAUUUUUGUAAAAAGAGAUGAAACCUGGUCUUAUGCAUGGUUUAGCGCCUCCUGUAGCGACAGACGGUUAUUGCUGUUAUACGGACCAAAGUAUGUUUGACCCCAGCGUUCUGUUGGGCUUUCUUUCCACGUUGGUGAUCUGUUAAACACCCCCUUUCCACAUUCCCUCUUAUGGUUUAUAAAUAGAUACAGCCUCACAAGUUACUCAUUAUAUACUGUACUUUGAACCCGUCUAGUUUGAUUAACGUUAAAAGCCUUUUUGUUGGUUUUGAAUGGAUGCUUAACUACCCACGGCCGUAGCUGUGAUAUCGAUGGUGUUGAUGGUGGCCUGUCUUUUGAUGGUAAAAGCUUUUAUUUGUCAUUAUUUUUUAUAUAUAUAUAUAUGGGGGGGGGGGUUCAAUCUUAUAUGAAGCGGGGUUGAUAGUUGUAUAUAUUCGUGUUUUUGUACCACAAAAUCAUUUGGAUUCUGUAUAUCCACUUUACAUACAAAACAUGUAUAUUUUGAUAAAAUGGUGCAGUUCUGCAACACUCUCUAGAGCUGUGAAGAGAAUUUUUGUACCACAAAGACAAUAAAUCAAUCAAAACACAAGCGUAUAUGUAUGUGCCCUCCCACCGCCCGGCUCCCCUCCGCUACGCUGUCUCGCUCAACGAUUUACGCUGCCUUCAAUAAAUCUUUGUUUCUUUCUUCA